GCUCGGCGCUCUGUUGCUCUGCCUGCGUGUCGUUAGCCGCCCGCCCGCCCGCCCGCCCGCGAGCUAGCUAGCCAGCUAGCUACCUAGGCAGGAGGCGUUCAUCGUCGGGCGCCGAGUCGAGCGAGCGGCCGACAAAUGUCCCCGGAAAGCUCGCCCGUCCCUCCGCUCAAAGUCUGACUUUUGUCCGUCCGUCCGUACGAGCGGACGCCCUCGGCGAGCGAGCGCCGGAGCGGUCGACUAUUGCUGCCGACGGACGCCUUUCCCCUUUCGGCCUCAGCUCGCUCCGUGGCUAACGUUAACAGCGGCUGCCAAAGAUGAAGAAAGCCCGAUUUAGGCUUUAAGGCCUCGACGCUCCCCGAGGCGGGCCAUGGCGUCCGCUCCCAGGAACUCGGUGCGUCUCCUGUGGCGGCGCGAGCGCGGCUGGCAGACGUGCGCCUCGCAGCGCCUGCUGCACUUACUGGUGGAGGAGAAGGUGCGCUCAAUGAAGUGGCAGAGUCAGAAAGUGGAACUGCCCGACAGUCCCAGAUCCACCUUCCUGUUGGCCUUCAGCCCCGAUCGGACCCUGAUGGCCUCCACGCACGUCAACCACAACAUUUACAUUACCGACGUGAAGACCGGAAAGUGCCUCCAUUCCCUGGUGGGUCACCGUCGGACGCCCUGGUGCGUGACCUUUCACCCCACCAUCCCCGGACUGGUGGCCUCCGGGUGCCUCGACGGCGAAGUCCGCAUCUGGGACUUGCACGGAGGCAGCGAGAGCUGGUUCACCGACGGCAACGUGGCGGUGGCCUCACUGGCCUUCCACCCGACGGCGCAGCUGCUUCUCAUCGCCACCGGCAACGAGCUGCACUUUUGGGACUGGAGCCGGCCGGAACCCUUCGCCGCCGUCAAGACGGCCAGCGACGCCGAGCGAGUGCGGUUGGUGCGCUUCGACCCGCUGGGUCACAACCUGCUGACGGCCAUCGUGAACCCGUCGUCCAAUCAGCAGAACGAGGAUGAGGGCGACGUGCCCGCGGACGGCGCGGAGCUGCCCCAGCCGCAUUUCCGCCAGCGGUCCUUCUUGCCUCAACCUGUCCGCCGCACGCCUAUCCUGCACAACUUCCUGCACAUCUUGUCGUCGCGCUCGGGCGGCUCGCCGGGCACCGGCGAGCAGGCCGCGCGCGCCCAGGGCGCCGACGCGGGGGAAUCGCCCGCCUCUCCCCCGAGCCGCUCGUCCAUCGCGGAGCGGGGGCCGCCCUAUCUGGGCUGCACUCGCUUCCUGGGCAUGGCGUGCGCCUGCGCGCAUUGUUUGGCCAACCGCGGCCCGUCUCCGCCGCCGGGGGCCGCGCCGUCGGAAGCCCCGAGGGCCGCGGCCCGGGCGGAACCCCGCCCCUCGGCCUUCACCUCGCUCUACUACGGCGGCGCCGAGCCGGCCUCCGCGGACUGGAGCGGAGGCUCGCCGAGCGCGGGCCGCGAGGUGCCGCCGCCCCGGACCUCCUCGUCUUCCUCGCUCGGCCUCCUGGCGGCGUUGCGUCAGCAAGAGGGCUCCUCGCACUCGCCCGUCUACACCUCGGCCAGCGACGGGCGGGGUUUCCCCCGGCGGAGCGACGGCGCCAAUACCAGCAGCGGGCACCACCCUUUCUGGGACGGCUCUCGCGGAAGCCCCGCCUCCUUUCGGAACGUCUUGCAGUGCAACCUCAGCCGCUACUUCCUGGAGUUGGAGCGCGCGCAGGAGACUGAGACCCCGCCCAACAACAACGCCGGCCCGGACUCGGCCGGGCCCUCUUCCUCGUCUCCCGCGGCGCCCCCUUACCCGACUUCGCCCCGUCCCCCGGAGCCCACCUCCCCUUCCGGAGGCGCCCGUGGACAUCUGAACCGCUGCCGGGCGUGUCACAACCUGCUGACCUUCAAUCACGACUCUCAACGCUGGGAGCGCAGCGGGCAGACGUCGUCGGCCGACGCCCCGCUCCCGAUCGGCGGGGGUUCCGAGGAGGGCGAGCGGCGGCCCGUGCCUGCCUUCCCUUCGGCGCCGCCCGCCGAGCAGACGGUGGGUCUGGUGUACAACCGGGACACGGCCCAGUGGGAGAGGGUGUACCGGCAGGCCCGGGCCCCCGAGGCUUUAAACCAGGAAAUGCCUGUGGACCCCACGCCCGUGGACGAGGACUACCUCAGAAGGAGACUUCUGGAAUCCUCUCUCAUGUCGUCGUCUCGUUACGACGUGACCGGAUCCAGAGACCACCCCAUCUACCCCGACCCGGCCAGGCUGUCCCCCGCCGCUUACUACGCUCAGAGGAUGAUCCAGUAUUUGUCCCGGCGAGACAGCAUCCGUCAGCGUUCUCCCCGCUACCAGCAGAACCGCCUGCGGGCCACGUCGUCGUCCUCCUCCGACGGGCCGACCGGCGGCGCGCCGGGCUCCUCGGACGGCGCCGACGUGGACUUUGACGAGUUGGACGAUAACGGCGAGCGAACGCGGCACAGGGCGCCCCGAAACGCCAGGAUGUCGGCGCCGUCGUUGGGUCGCUUCGUGCCCAGGCGCUUCCAUCUCCCCGAGUACCUACCGUACGCCGGGAUCUUUCACCACGAGAGAGGCCAGCCGGGCUUGGCCACGCACUCGUCGGUCAACAGGGUGCUAGCCGGCGCGUCUAUCGGCGACGGCCAGUCGGCGGUGGCCAGCAACAUCGCCAACACCACGUACCGCCUGCAGUGGUGGGACUUCACCAAGUUCGACCUGCCCGAGAUCAGCAACGCUUCCGUCAACGUGCUGGUGCCCAACUGCAAGAUCUACAACGACGCCAGUUGCGACAUUUCGGCCGACGGGCAGCUGCUGGCCGUCUUCGUUCCCAGCAGUCAGCGCGGUUUCCCGGACGAGGGCGUCCUGGCCAUCUACUCGCUGGCGGCCCACAACCUGGGCGAGACUCUGUACACCAAAAGAUUCGCUCCCAACGCUAUAUCCGUCAGCUUGUCGCCGCUGGGCUGCUACGUGAUGGUGGGCUUGGCCUCUCGCAGGAUCCUGCUGCAUCCCACUACGGACCACAUGGUGGCGCAGGUCUUUCGGCUGCAGCAUCCUCACGGAGGGGAAACGUCCAUCAGGAUGGUGUUCAACGUGGUGUACCCCAUGGCGCCGGACCAGCGGCGCCACGUCAGCAUCAACUCGGCUCGCUGGCUUCCGGAUCCUGGCAUGGGGCUGGCGUACGGGACCAACAAGGGGGACCUGGUCAUCUGUCGCCCAGUGUUCUAUCGCGGGGACGGGGAAAAUCCGGCAGAGUCCGGCGCGGAGCCUUUGUUUUCCGUCAACAACGGCGGAGGCCGGGCUCGGGCCUCCGACAGACCCGGGCCCGGUCGCCCGGGAUGGAGGCUGGACAGGGACAUGGGCUUGAUGAACGCCAUCGGUCUGCGGCCCAGAAAUCCCGCCCCUUCCGUCACGUCGCAAGGAACGCAGACGCCCGCCGUCCAGCUGCAGAACGCCGAGACGCAAACUGAGCUUUCCCACGCCGGCGCCUCCCGGCCGCCGCCCGCGCCGCCUCCGCCGGCGGCUGACGAUCUCCUACGGUCUCGCGACGCGGCGGGUCCGGUCGGCCGAGCUUCGGCGGAGGUCCCGGACGACGCAGGCGAGCUCCCGGACGGGAGCGCGUCGAGCGAGGACGCCCUGGCUCGGAUCCGCCGACUAAUCGCCGAGGGCGGCAUGACGGCGGUGGUGCAGCGCGAGCGGAGCACCACCACGGCGUCCAUGGGGGGCUUCGGCAACAACAUCGUGGUCAGCCACCGCAUCCACCGCGGCUCGCAGACGGGCGUCAGGAACGCCGGACGCCCCCCCGACCCGCCGGCUCCCGACCGCGCGUUCCGCGGGGGGAGGAUCGAAGGAGCUUCGCCGCCGCCGGGCCCCUCCUUUCCCUCCUCUCGCGACAGUUUCCGCGGCGACCCGUACGGCAGGUAGUGAACAUUUACCUCUGCCCGCCGAGCGCUCGCGAGUUUUGUACCGCGGGACCUUUAAACACUCGCGGGAGGAGGCGGGACUCAGCCGGCCCGGUUUACCGGACGAACGGGGAGCGGCUAUUUUUCACAUUCCCGCCGCCGGCCACGACCGGAGUCGCUCUCGGCGGUAGCGGAGACUCCCGACGGCCUCCGACUCCUUCCGAAUCAAACUUGAAAUGUUUUCCGUCGCCUUUACGUUCCCUCUCUCGCGCGCGCGCGCAUGUGUGUGCGCGCGCGCUACUGGCGAUUGUCGGGUCGCGGGGGGCGGCGUUUUGGCAGCGAGCGUUCGAUGCUGCGGUUUGGGCGCCCCCUACCCACCUUGCUUUUGCUUGACUUUUAGAUGUGAUCUUAUUAAAGAACAUGGAGACUCCAACGGCUGCUCCUGUUUUUAUUUUUUUUCCUGGACUUUUCUCAAUGCAACAGAUGUCUGGUGUUGAUAUGAAUCCAUCCGCAAACAGUCUCCCUGAUAUCGAUAGCGGGUCUUGCAUAAAUGAUCCCAGAUUUUGCGAGCAUGUCGGUCUGUUUAAAGUGAAACGUUUCUGCUUCUCUUCAGAGCGAGUGUCCAGGGCCGCCGGUUGACAAAGAAUGCGCCGAGUGGUUUAUUUGGCAAAAGUGGCCAAUAAGCUUUCAGUGUCUGUUGAUCCAACGAACGUCAUUUCCUAUACGUUUACAAUGGCCCUAUUCGCCAUUCCAUUUAAAGGAAGUGACCCGCGAUUAACCGGUAAAAACCCUGGAAUGCCCACAAAUCAAAAGGUAGGGACCCGUUAUCACCUGGAAGUGACCCUAAUGCCCUCCCACCCAAUUCAACAGGAAGUGAGUUUUAGUGGUGGGUUUUAGAUUGUGUUUACCUGCCACAGCAAAGCUACCAUCACAAUUUCCCUAGAAAUGACGUCUUGUAGUUAAGUUGUAAAUAUUUUCAAAAUGAGGUUUAUAAGAAUUUGGUCAAAUGAGGUAGCCUUAAGUGUGUGUAGCGGUUCGGUCGUUGGGAUAGGCAGUGUUAGAAAGGGUCUCUACUCUCAGAAAUGAGUUUUUGUAACUCGAGGUGUCUGGAUUCGGAGAUUUAGUGUAAAUUUCUCAAAAUGUGGAUGUAGGCAGACGGCUGAUGUGAGGGGACCACAUGAGCCGGAGGUGUCGAGGUCCCUUAUUUGGGAGCGGCGUCGGUCGGACAAGGGCCUGGGCCAUAUUGAUGGGGCAGUCAUUCCAUUCUGCUGCCUAGACACCCCAUAUGAAAGGGUGAGCCACAGAUGGCGGAGACCAAAUGGACUUGCCGUACAUCGCGCCACAUGCAACUAGGCCUUAGCUAGGUCCUCAACGUAGCGAGUACUCCAUUGUAGUCCGGGCCGCCUCCAGGUUCUAGCUUUAGCGCAGGGGUGGCAAAUCCGUCUUCAAAGGGCCACAGUGGGUGCUAGAUUUUGUUCCAACCAAAGGAGAUGAAUACCUUUACACCAAUCCGGUGUCAUCAGUUGAUUGCAGUCAGGUGCUGCUUGUAUCCUCAUUGGUUGAACUGUCUGUGCUGGAUUUGUCGGAACAAAGACCAGGAUCCACGGCGGCACUUUGUAGAAUUGGUUUGACACCCCUGCUUUAGCGCUUGGUACUUCCUGAUAUCAUAGUUGUAUGAAGUUGAUUUUGUCUGCACUUGUACUUGAAUUUUUCUUUUAUCCCAGACAAUUUGUUUUAGGUGUUUUUAUUUACCUGAGGCGGAAGUCGUCGCCGAAACACGUCAGGUUGGUAAAUAAAACGACCUAAAACACAAAUCCUGAUAUCAUGUUUUCCCACUCAAAUGACAUGAAAUUCACAGGCAUUUUAGACAAUCAAAGGAUCCAAUAAAAGACAAUACCCUAACCACUUGCUGACAGCACGACCAUCUUUUGACCUCCGACGCGGCGUGCUGUUAUAUGACCUCCGGACAGAGCCUAAAGGGCGCACGUGACGUCGGACACCGCAGAAGCCCCCUAAAGAAAAUACGCUGGCAGGCCGCGGCCAACAAUAAAAGGCCCUCACAUUAAGUCGUGUUCCGCAUUGAGAAAAGUCACUCAAAAGCACGGGAUUGACGACGGCCCGGCUGUUACCGUGAUCAAUCAGCAUUUUGCACUUA